CCAGGUAUUGAAGGAGCUGCCUUCGUAGCCGCUGCUGCCUCUUCCCGCCCCCCUCCCCCGCCCCCUGCAGCCAGCCCUUCUCUCUGCUCUUCACUAACCUCGCUGUAGCAGGGCGGAGGAGAGUUCAUCCGACCAGCUCAACCCCACUCAAACUGUGGCAGUAGCCACAGCCUGGAAAGAAGGUGGAGGACAAAACCCAAGGACGCGAAUUCGACCAUGGAUCACUAUGAUUCCCAACAAACCAACGACUACAUGCAGCCGGAAGAGGACUGGGACAGAGACUUGCUCCUUGACCCCGCCUGGGAGAAGCAGCAAAGAAAGACAUUCACAGCAUGGUGCAAUUCACACCUCCGAAAGGCGGGCACACAGAUUGAGAACAUAGAGGAGGAUUUCCGGGAUGGCCUGAAGCUCAUGUUGCUACUGGAGGUCAUUUCAGGUGAACGUUUGGCCAAGCCAGAGCGAGGCAAGAUGAGGGUGCACAAAAUCUCCAAUGUGAAUAAGGCCCUGGACUUCAUUGCUAGCAAAGGGGUCAAACUGGUGUCCAUUGGAGCAGAAGAAAUUGUGGAUGGGAAUGUGAAAAUGACCCUAGGGAUGAUUUGGACCAUCAUCCUUCGCUUUGCUAUUCAGGAUAUCUCAGUGGAAGAGACAUCAGCAAAGGAAGGGCUGCUGCUAUGGUGUCAGAGGAAGACAGCUCCAUAUAAAAAUGUAAACAUUCAGAACUUCCACAUCAGCUGGAAAGAUGGCCUUGGGUUCUGCGCACUGAUCCACAGACACCGGCCAGAACUCAUUGAUUAUGGGAAGCUGCGGAAGGAUGACCCACUCACAAACCUAAAUACAGCUUUUGAUGUGGCAGAGAAGUAUCUGGAUAUCCCAAAGAUGCUGGAUGCAGAAGACAUUGUUGGAACUGCCCGCCCUGAUGAAAAGGCCAUCAUGACCUAUGUUUCUAGUUUCUACCACGCCUUCUCAGGAGCCCAAAAGGCGGAGACAGCAGCUAAUCGGAUCUGCAAGGUACUAGCAGUCAACCAGGAGAAUGAGCAGCUAAUGGAGGACUAUGAGAAGUUGGCCAGUGAUCUGCUGGAGUGGAUCCGUCGCACUGUCCCGUGGUUGGAGAACCGGACCCCUGAGAACACCAUGCAGGCCAUGCAGCAGAAACUGGAGGAUUUCCGAGACUACCGCCGCCUGCACAAGCCCCCUAAGGUCCAGGAAAAGUGCCAGUUGGAGAUCAACUUUAACACUUUGCAGACCAAACUCCGACUCAGCAACAGGCCUGCCUUCAUGCCCUCUGAGGGGAAGAUGGUUUCGGAUAUCAAUAAUGCAUGGGGGGGCCUGGAGCAGGCAGAGAAGGGCUAUGAGGAGUGGCAGUUGAAUGAGAUCCGGAGGUUAGAGCGACUGGACCACCUGGCUGAGAAGUUCCGGCAGAAGGCCUCUAUCCAUGAAGCCUGGACAGAUGGCAAGGAGGCCAUGUUGCAGCAGAAGGACUAUGAGAUAGCCACCCUUUCUGAGAUCAAGGCCCUGCUGAAGAAGCACGAGGCUUUUGAGAGUGACCUUGCUGCUCACCAGGACCGAGUGGAACAGAUUGCUGCUAUUGCACAGGAGCUGAAUGAAUUGGAUUACUACAAUUCUCCCAGUGUCAAUGCUCGUUGCCAAAAGAUCUGUGACCAGUGGGACAACUUGGGAGCGUUGACUCAAAAGAGAAGGGAAGCUUUGGAGCGGACAGAGAAGCUCCUAGAGACAAUAGACCAACUGUAUCUGGAAUAUGCCAAGAGAGCUGCUCCCUUUAAUAACUGGAUGGAAGGGGCCAUGGAAGACCUGCAGGAUACCUUCAUUGUGCAUACCAUAGAGGAGAUCCAGGGAUUGACCACAGCACAUGAGCAGUUCAAAGCCACCCUCCCUGAUGCUGACAAGGAGCGACAGGCCAUUCUAGGAAUCCAUAAUGAAGUUACCAAAAUUGUCCAGACAUACCAUGUCAAUAUGGCUGGGACCAAUCCCUACACAACCAUCACCCCUCAGGAGAUCAAUGGCAAAUGGGAUCAUGUUCGGCAACUAGUGCCACGGAGGGACCAGGCCCUGAUGGAGGAGCACACCCGUCAGCAGCAGAAUGAACGACUCCGCAAACAGUUUGCAGCCCAGGCCAAUGUUAUUGGGCCCUGGAUCCAGACCAAGAUGGAGGAGAUUGGCCGCAUCUCCAUCGAGAUGCAUGGCACCUUGGAGGACCAGCUCAAUCACCUUCGACAGUAUGAGAAGAGCAUUGUCAAUUACAAACCAAAGAUUGACCAGCUGGAAGGAGACCACCAGCAGAUCCAGGAGGCUCUUAUUUUUGACAACAAGCACACCAACUAUACCAUGGAGCACAUUCGAGUGGGCUGGGAACAGCUCCUCACCACCAUUGCCAGAACCAUCAAUGAAGUGGAGAACCAGAUCCUUACUCGAGAUGCCAAAGGGAUCAGCCAGGAGCAGAUGAAUGAGUUCCGAGCCUCCUUCAACCACUUUGACCGGGAUCACUCCGGCACACUCGGUCCUGAGGAGUUCAAAGCCUGCCUCAUCAGCUUGGGUUACGAUAUUGGCAACGACCCCCAGAAGAAGACAGGCAUGAUGGACACGGACGAUUUCCGCGCCUGCCUUAUCUCCAUGGGUUACAAUAUGGGAGAAGCAGAGUUUGCCCGAAUCAUGAGCAUUGUAGACCCUAACCGCAUUGGCGUAGUGACAUUCCAGGCCUUCAUUGAUUUCAUGUCCCGUGAGACAGCUGACACAGACACAGCUGACCAAGUCAUGGCUUCCUUCAAGAUCCUGGCUGGGGACAAGAAUUAUAUCACCUUGGAUGAACUACGCCGGGAACUCCCACCUGAUCAAGCAGAAUACUGCAUUGCACGGAUGGCCCCUUACACUGGCCCAGAUGCAGUGCCUGGUGCUCUGGACUACAUGUCCUUCUCCACAGCCCUCUAUGGCGAAAGUGACCUUUAACCUACUCCUAGACCCCCUACCACACAAACCCCCUUCUUUUAUUACCAUACAAACUCCCAGACUCUAACAGGGUUCUUCUUCCUGUCCAGAUGCACCUUUCUUUCUGUAUGCAUUGCAAGCCCCCCCAGCUCUGCCUCCUUUGUUAGACUGUCCUCCACUUCCUCCUUUCCUCUCCCUUCCCCUGUAAACCCUGAAGUUUUGGUGUCAACUCACAGGUUCCCAUCAUCUUCAGGGAUGGGACAGACAUUAUAUUGAAUCUUCCCACCCUCUGAAAGUGGUAACAGUUUACAAAAUUAUUUUCUGCAAAAAAGAAAAAAAAAAUGUUUAAAAAAAAACCAAACCAAAAAACCCACAUAUUUUAUUAUAGAAAAUAAAGGUAUUUUUUCUCCACCUGACUGAAAUGGAUAAGGGGAAAAUAGAACUAUUUGCACCACAUGUUUUGUUUGUUGUGACAUAGGAAAAUAAGCAAGCACAAUGCGACAUUCCAUCCUUAUUUUUAAAAAAUAUACAUUUUUUUUUUUUAAAGAAUUUAUCUGUUCCAUCUUUUGUGUCCAUUCCUCCAAUCCCACAUCUUUCAGUGAGGGGAGGAAAUUCUGUCAAAAGACACACCAGGUGCAUGUGUGUUUGCUUGAUCACUCGUUUCAUGGAAAUAUUUUAUGAUAUUAAAAAAUAAAAAACUUCAGAGAUAGCUGUUUUUUAGGAAGACAAAUAAUUUACAUCGCUUGUUUUUUCAUAUUUAAUUCCAGAGAUAUGAUGAUCAGUCUCCUCAGUGCACAAAAUGUGUUUUUUUGUUUUGUUUUGUUUUAAUUAUUUUAAAGUUGUCUAUUAAAAAAAAAGGUCAGGACAAACUUGGAAAGAGUGGAUGACUUGGAUAUUGCUUGUCACAAACCAUAUUAAAAACAAAGCAGCAUUCUUGUGAUAA